AUGAAUCCAACAGUAGUAAGAAGCUUCCAAAGAUCGGCCGUUAGGUUAGCAGCCCAUGCAGAACAUGGACAGGGGUCUGUAGGUAAGUGGAUGUCCACUGCUGGCGGUGUGGCAUUGCUUUUGACUGGUGGAGCUUUAGUAGUGGCUCAGAGAAAUAAUGAUCAGAACAGUCACAUUCGUAACAUCUUCAAGAAUGAGAGAGGAACUGGUGCUAGACACUUGUAA